AUGCCGCCACGCCGCAUGCACAGGCCGGAUAGCAGCAGCAGCACCACAGCUACCUGUGAAGAGCAGCAACAACAGCAGCAGAAAGGCGGAGAGAUCGAGAAUGGUAUCAUGACCACACAGCGGAAACCGAAGCAACGUUUAUUGCACUCAGCACUUCAGAAGGGCGGAAGUGCUCCUGUGUACAUCCCAAGCGCCCCAAAGCCCCGUGGGCACCAUAUUUCUGUCCUUCAAAGAAACCCCAGGGUCGCUGUGCGACAAGCAAUACAAGCCGAAGCGCUUAACAAACAAAACAGAAACCUUUUUUCGGUGUCGGAGAGCGACAAGCAAUUGUAA